AUGAGAAGAAAGGCACCGAAACAAGGGUAAGUAUUCCAUAUUUUCUUCUUACUUUAGGUGAUUUUCGGUACAGAAAGAUUCAGUAAAUGGUUCAUUCUUUAGAAAGCCCCCAAUCCUUCCCCCAUCCAAGACUGUUCGUUACCAUGUUGUUCAUGUUCCUUGGCAAGAACCUGAAUAUGUUGAAGAGCUUCUCUGGCGGAGGCAUGUGUACAACAAUGCAAUGAUAUCCAUCAAGAAGGUAUUUAAAGACGAGAUCAGGAGCAAAGAGGAACAAGGAAUGGGAAUUGAGGCUUUGAGGGAACAAGAACUUGUUGAACUUGAUGAAUUGAUUGCUCAGAACGAUGAGAGGAAUCGAAAAGCAGCUGAACAAAGGUAAAGGUUUUAUUUUUUGGUUAGUGUUUAGAUGUUAUUGACAGAAUAUAUUUUUUUUUCCAGAAAGAUUAGAGAUGCCGAAAGACAAGAAGAAAUCCGAAAAAUGGUGUUGAAGGAGAUGGAAGAAACGCUCAAUAAAGAAUAUGAAGAGGCGGAGAAGAGGACGAAGGAAGUCGCGGCCAUAAUUGUAAGUUGGCUCAAUUUGAAGUGCAUAACAUUGACCUAAUCUGAGCUUUUUCUGUUUAGGAACGUUCGGCCAAUUUCGUGAACAAGGAUAAUUUGGAUCAGAAGAUUCUUGAAGCCUUAGAGAAACCGAAAGUCUUCGAUUUCUGCAUCAAUCUCAAGGGAGAUAAGUACUAUGAUCCGGAGCCUGUCAAAUAUCAAACAGGUACCCCGACGAGACAAAAGGGACGAGUUUAUGACCGAACUUUGUUUUGGGAACAGCGAAGUCUAGCUGCUGAUGUCAAGAAAGAGGAGAAAGUGGGGAAAAUGGAUUUGGAUCAGAGUUCGUAA